UUCACCCCGUCUUUCUUACUUAUUUUUCUCCGCCGGUUCCGUUCCUGUUCUCGCUCCUCCCGACACACGCACCACCACCGCCACCCGUCUACAUGUCGACGACUGACCGCUGCCACUGCCGUUGACCGCGAUCACCACCGCCGCACGAUGCACCGCCGUACCGGUCGGCCGAGUCCGGUCCGCUUGUGGCCGGAGAUCGGGUUGCUGCUGCUGCUGUUCUCGUACCUGAAAGUGACAGCGUUCGUGCAACAAGAGUUUAGAGUGCGGCCGAAAGACGUUAACGCUCGAGAAGGUACAAAUGUGACUUUGAACUGCGAAAUCAACGACGUCAUUGGGGACGUCCAGUGGACUAAAGACGGCUUAGCUCUGGGUUAUGCGGCCGAAAUACCGGGACAUCCGAGGCAUUCCAUGGUGAUCGAUUCCGGAAACGGGGUGUACAAUUUACUUGUCAGAAAUGUGACAAUAAUGGAUGAUGCGCAGUACCAGUGUCAAGUAACCCCCGGACCGGUACCAGGGAGCAAACCAAUUAGAUCGUCGGCUAGGUUAACCGUCCUAACACCGCCAUUGUCCGUGGAAUUCGUCAACCAAUCUCCAGAUUCGGAAUUAGAAGUGCAAGAAAACCACGAAGUCACUAUUGAGUGUGUCGCUCGAAACUCUAAACCUCCGGCGAGAAUAGUGUGGUUUCGCAGCAGAACUGAAAUCAAUCCCGAGCAGCGGGUUGAUAAUGUCAACGAAGAAACCGUGGGUACGACCAACCUAAAAUUGUACACUGCCCGAAGCCGAAUAAAAGUGACCGCUACGUCCAGGGACGACCGUGAAAUGUUUAGAUGUGAAGCACACCACGAAGCUCUAUCGGAUCCGCUUUCGUCCUCCAUUCGAAUACGGGUUUUAUAUCCACCAGGAGUUCCUCAUAUCGAAGGGUACACAGAAGGCGAAAACUUGGAAAAAGGACAGCAAGUCGUCCUGCGUUGUGUGUCGAAAGUUGGAAAUCCUCCAACACAGCUUACAUGGUUCAGGAACGACGAGAUGAUUCUGAACGAAUACAGGACAACGGAAAAGGUGUCGGAGAGCACGUACAGAUUCACGGCUAACGUCUCGGACAACAACGCGAGAUUUCGCUGCGAAGCGAAAAACUCAAUUAGCCCAGUUCCUCAAUACGCUGACGUCGUACUCUCGGUGUCAUAUGGUUCGAGUCAAGUGAUUAUUAAGGGUCCAACCGAAGCCAAACCUGGAGAUGUGAUAAACUUAAGCUGUAAAACCGACCGCAGUAAUCCACCUUCCACAAUAAAAUGGAUGGUGGCCGGCGAACCGGAAAAAAAUAGUACAUCCUCCGUGGUGGCCGGUCCUCAGUCCAGCUGGAUUACUAUUUCUAAUGUGUCUUUUGUCAUUCCGAACGGUCAGCGGUUAGUGGUGGUCACGUGUCAAGCCGUUAGCGACAGUGGAUCCGAAAAGGUUAUAACGUCUCAUUCGAUCAAUAUAUUAUACCCGCCUGGAGCACCGAUCAUAAUCGACCACUCGUCCGGUAAUCCAAUUCCGUCGGGAAAUAUACACAAAAUAUCUUGUCUGUCUACCGGCGGCCAUCCUCUGGGUAAAAUCCAAUGGUUUAAAAACGAUAAAAAGAUUCGUUCAACAAUAACAACUACUGAUAAUGCAGUAACAGCUGACCUAUCAUUCGUGGUCAAUUAUACGGACAACGACGCCACGUACAAAUGUGAAGUGACCCAUCCAGCAUUAGAGAUCCCUUUGAUGGCAACUCAAAAUCUCAAAGUAUUAUUCAUGCCCGAACACCUGACUAUCAAGCAAGACCCGGUGCACCUCAAACCUGGUGCGCAAGGCACGAUCACGUGCGAGGCGGCGUCCAGCUAUCCGGCGGUGAAAAUGAGCUGGUGGCACGAGGGUGCACAUGUCAAAGAAGGUAUAAACAGUUACACCAAGCCUGGGCUUUACGGUGGAAAAUUGUCCACUAUACAACUGACUUUCAACGUUACGCCUGAGGUGGACGGCAAAGUGUACAUGUGCCAAGCCACUAAUAUACCACUACUCAAAAACAUGCACAAAGACGUCUCUCUUAACGUUUACAACAAACCGACAUUUGAUUCGUUGCCCAAUUUAAUGACGUACACCGAAGGGGAUAAUAUAUUCGUCACGCUUCAAGCAAAAGGACGACCUUCUCAAAUCACGUACAAGUGGUUCAAAAACAACAAGCCGUUGUAUACGUUCCACAACCGGCGCAUACGAGAUUCCAUGGUGAACAUUACGGGUGCGCUCCGUGACGAUGCCGGCAACUACACCUGUGAGGCGAGCAAUACCGAAGGGUCUUCCACCUUUUGGUUUGUUAUAUUAGUGAAACAUCGAGCAACCAUUACAAAUACGUCAAUUGGCGUCGUAGUAACCGAGGGCGAAGACGCUCAACUUUGGUGCAAAAUAGAUGGAUUGCCAUUAGGCCCGGAACACAUAAGCUGGACUCGACCACAUUUUUUCUUUGACAAACGAACAUCAAUAUUGCUCGAAAACAGCACUUCGUACUUGACCAUCAUAAAUGCAACGAAAUUUGACAGUGGAUAUUUCUUUUGCGUGGUAAACAAUGGUAUAGGAAACGAAUCAUCGCAUGGUGUGCUGUUAAUAGUGCAACAUAAACCCGAGAUACUGAAAGUGGGAAAUGAAUCGAAAACUGCCGGCAACGCAGGUAUGCAAGCUAAACUACAUUGUCGGGCAGCAGGCGCUCCGGUGAUUCGAUUUUCUUGGAAGCGUGAAGGGUCGAACAUAACAAGCGUGUCGGAAAAAUACAUCGUGGAAGAGAGACAACUGAACGAAACGUUUUACGAGUCCACGCUGACCAUACGUGAAGUGGACCAAUACAAUUACGGCGAUUACGAGUGCACCGCGUCAAACGAUCUCGGGCGGACGACUUCGGUGAACCGGUUGACCGUGUUCUCGCACCCGGACCCGCCGUUCAGUUUCCAACUGGUAAACGCCACGCACGACGAGCUGACGGUGUCGUGGUCACCCGGCUUCGACGGAGGUGACCCGAUCACGUACCGCAUUCGGUACCGACCAGUCGACAAACCAACGUACCGGUACGAUGACGUGGGUAAUGAAACGCGGCACACAAUCGUCGGGCUCCGUCCGGACACGACGUACCUGUUGAACAUCAUGGCCCGUAACAGAUACGGCGAUAGCUCGUAUAUGUCCCAGAGCCUUAAAGUCACCAUGGAAAAAGAAAAUUUGCAUCACAAGUCCAAUUCAAAUUCAGAAAAGUCCGCUACAGUAGCCGAAGGAACGCACAUUGUAUUUAUUUUCUUGGGACUUAUUGUCGGGAUAUCGAUUCUCGUGAGCAUAUUUUUGGUGACCUAUUGUAUACACAGACGACGCAAUGUUACCAAACAAAUGAAUAAUGACAACAACGACUCUAGCAGCAAGACGCCAACGAUUGAAAUGUACGCACCAAAUACUUAUAACGGUGGAUACGAGGAAAACUUAAGCUCAAUUUCAGCUAAAUCAGAAACCUAUUCUAACGUUUCUCCGGAUUACAACGACGAUCAACAACCAAAGUCAGCCGAACAAUCAUACUUAAUUGAACAGAUCGAUUAUCCUUUCAUCAACGAGUGCGAUCAUCCUUUGCAGCAACACGUUCAGUACGGCGGUGGCAUGAGUUUGAGCUCCGAUCACUCUGUGCCGCAACAACAUUACAUUCAAGAGAACACAAACGACAGGAGAAAUAUCGAUAACCGAAUGUUCCACCAGCAGCCUCCGUCGGGCCUGCAGAUGACCAGUCGGGCCGUGCCGCUGCCGCCCGUGUUGCGCAACCGCCCGCCGCCGGCCGUGCCGCCACCGAUGGUCAAGUGCAACUUUUAUUCGCCGUCAUCGCCGCCACCGCCGCCGGACGUCACCGUGUUCUCAUCGCAAAACUUUCUCACCACGUUCGCGCACAAGCCCGACGAGACGGAGGGACAUUUGGUCUGAACCAUCCGGACGUCACCGUCAUCCCGUCUCAACGACGACGCGUAGUCGUACACGCGGCCAUCCCCCCCUAAUCCACCAACCCCGCGGGCCCUUCGACACCGCUCGAGCCACCCCGAUCCUUACGGACCCGGAUCCGCCGACCCGUCGCCACCUGUUCGUCAGUCACCACCCGUUUACGUCACAUUAUCAGUUAUACGAGUACCGUCGUCGUAACGGUCCGUAAGUGAGCAUAGUUGAAAUCCUAAUUCUCGGCGUCCGCGUCAAACCCACCGCGUUACAUGUUGUACAAUAAUAAUAAUAAUAAUAAUAAUACGCAUUGUCUUCGUACGACAUUUUUUAACGCGCUAAACCCCGUUCGUUUAUUAUAUAUUUAUUUAAUUAAAUGUAUAUGUCCGUGUACACAUGUAUUUGUAUGUACAUUCUAGUCACGAAAAAAAAAAAAAAAAAACGUUAUACAUAUACACGUGUAUGAAUAUAUUAUAUACGUUUAGUUUAAAUGUUUAAAAUUAUGUAUAAUAUAAGUAUUUGUGUGCCCGAGUGUGUGUGUGUGUGUGUGUUUACGUACAUUAUUUGCAUUACAUUGAUCCGUGUACGGUUUGAAACGAAUACACUUUCGUGUAUUAUUAUAAAUUAUUAUUAAUAUUAUUAUUAUUAUUAUUAUUAUUAUCAUUAUUAUUAUAUACUAUUAUGUUUACUCAAAAUUCGGGGUGCCUCAAAACCAUAGUUUUCACACAGCCGAUUAUUAAUUUGUAUGUAAAGAGAUAAAGAUAAAUAUGAGAACAUAGUUUAGGACUAUGUCGAAUUUACAGGGAUAUGCGACACAGGAUAUGUCUGACGGUAAUAACCGUUAUGGUUGCCACUUUAUUUUCUUUUCUUAAAAUUAUUUAUUUUGAUCUCGAAAAGAUAUUUAACUUGUU